UUGAGUCAAGCCGAAGUAGUCAGAUCCUAAACAUCGGAGGGAACACGUGUGACGCUGUGAGAUUGCAUGGUGACUGACGGCUGAGGUGGCUCGUCCUAAGGUACUGAGAGACCGGCAGGAAAAAAUACUAGUGAUUGGAAUUAGUGGUUUGUACAUAUAGUGUGACUGAGAGAUGGUUCGCUUUGCACGGGCAGAAGGUUCCAAGGGUUCCAACAAGAAACAGUAUGAGGAUGCAACACCAUGGGCAGAGAUUGUGUCGCAAUUAGAAACCAGCAAGAAGAAAAGAAAAGAGAAUCACGACGAAGAAGAAAGUGAGAAAAAGGAAGGGAUUAUAGGGCAAACUGCAAAGAAAAAGAAAACAAUUGACACUGGGAAACAAGAGACUGGACCACAGAAUGCCUUCCAAACCAUAAAGGACCCAAAAACUGAUGAGAAAGAAGGACAUCCAGUGCCAUCAAUACAAAAUGCAUUUAAAAAGAGUAAGAAAGAAAAGAAGAAAGGCCCAAAGACUUCAGAACCUGGGUAUACCAUCAAUUCAGAAGGGAAAAGGGUCAAGGUUUUUCGGGACGGCACUGAGAAGACUUGGUUUGACCUUCCUUAUGAGGAGAGUGAUACCAUGACUCGAUAUGAUAACAUGUGGGUCAAGAAGGCCAUGGUUGGGGAGCUGGACCGCCUCAAGGCCGCUCUAGAAGAAGAAGGCCUUGACAAAAAAGGGAUAAUGAAGAAGAUGAUGAAAGCCAAGCGCAAAGCUCACCGGGAGUUGAGGAUUGAGUUGAUUUACCAGCAGAAGAAUCUAGUGAGUGAAGCAGGAGGUGAAAAGAACAAGACUGAUUCUGGUUCCAAAAGUAAUGCAAAAGAAAAGAAGAACAAGAAGAAAAACCAGAAGCCAGUCGUGAUAGGUAAUGGUUCAUUGUCCUCCCCUGACAAAGAAAACAGUAUGCAAAUAAAGGAAAAUAAAUGCAAGCAGCUGGAUGAACAAAGCAUAGAAGUGAUAAAUCUAGAAGUGGAGCAAGUGAGUGAUGAUAAUGAUGGUGCUGAAGAGGAUGACACAAAAUUAAUGAUGAUUUCACAAACAUCUGAAAAAACAAAACAUCUGGAAGCACUGAUACCACAACCUGAUUGCAAAAAGAAGAAGAGGAAAAAGGAUAAAUUAGAAACAGAUGUAGCAACCCAAAUUGACCAAGAAAGUGAGGAUGAAGAUGACGAAGAGGAGCCCGUGACACCACAACCAGAUCACAAAAAGAAAAAGAAGAAAAAGGAUAAGUUAGAAACAGAUGUAGUAAUCCAAAUUAACCUAGAAAGUGAGAAUGAAGAUGACAAAGAGGAGCCUGUGACACCAGAACCUGAUUGCAAAAAGGAAAAGAAGAAAAAGGAUAAGUUAGAAACAGAUGUAACAACCCAAAUUAACCAAGAAAGUGAGAAUGAAGAUGACAAAGAGGAGCCUGUGACACCACAACCUGAUCACAAAAAGAAAAAGAAGAAAAAAGAUAAGUUAGAAACAGAUGUAGUAAUCCAAAUUAACCUAGAAAGUGAGAAUGAAGAUGACAAAGAGGAGCCCAUGACACCACAACCUGAUUGCAAAAAGAAAAAGAAUAAGCUAGAAACAGAGAUCCCACAAUCACCAAUUAACAUACAGCAUAAAACUGAAGCAGAUAAGAAAAUUGAGACUUAUGACUAUAAUACAAAACAAAACAAAAUGGAUCAUGCCUCUAGUCCUCUGGGAGACUUUGAGGAGAAUGAGCUAAUGACAAAUUUUGAGGGGUACUGGGUGUUGCGUAAGGAAGUGGAGGAGCUGGAGGCUGCCAUGGAGGCAGAGCUGGAGGAUAUCUAUGCUGCCAGAACAGAUGGGAGUAGAGGAGAACUCACAGAGAAGGAAAACACUGUCCUGCAGCGUGCCGUGAAGAAGAGGAAGAGAUUCUGCCACAAAAAGCUACUCCAGAAGCUCUCUGAAAUGGGCAAAAGAAUGAAUAAUAACAAAAAGGGCAAUAAAGAUACCAAAAAAGAUGACCGUGAGAAAGUGGUUAAGUUUGAUGGUUUCUUUGUGAAAAAGGAGGCUGCUGAUAGAUUACAUAAGCUUAGAAGUAAGCUGUUUAAAGAGGGACUGAGCCGGCAGGAGGUGGAUAAGCUGAUGCAGAAGGAGCGCCGCAGGGAGGAACGGGUGCUCAAGAAUGAGAGGAAGCUGUUGUGCCUCAACUGCCGUCAGCCGGGCCACAUGGUGUCAGCCUGCCCCAACUUAGCUCAGGCUGAUGGUGAAAGCCAGGUCUCCAUCUGCUACACAUGUGGCUCAACUGAGCACUCUUCCUCCUCAUGCAACCUGAAGAAGGGUUCGGAGAAGAGCUUCUCCUUUGCCACUUGCUACAUUUGUAAGGAGUCGGGUCACAUUUCCCGCCAGUGCCCUGACAAUCCCCGAGGGCUGUACCCAAGGGGUGGAGCUUGCCGGGGUUGUGGCUCUGUGGAACAUUUAGCCAAGGACUGCCCUGAUUUACAAAAAGAGAACGCAGAAAACACCAUCACAAUGAAGAGGAUGAAAGGAGAGGAACUUGAGGCCUUGGAUGAAGAUGAUGAGGCAGCUGACCAGGACACCUCACCCUCACCCAACAAGUGGACGAAGCCUAAGGUGGUGAAAUUUUGAUGAAAGAUUAAAGUGUAGUUCCAUUAUUGGUUGUGGAACCUGCAGUGUGUAUGUGUGUGAAGGAGAAAGAGAGAGGUAUGUUUUCUCUUAUAUGUUUUUAAAAUAAUCCAUUAUUUUUAUUCAAUGUCUCUACUUUUAUGCAGCUCAUGCAUUUUACGGAAGGUCACAUUCAACAUGUGGUCCUGGAAUGUAUGUAGAUUCUGCCUUGCUGCAGUGACCUGUUUUCUGAGUAAAAGUGAAUGAAAUGUUUUAAA